AUGGGCCUCGGCAAGACGGUCCAGACAAUCGGCCUGCUGGCUCACCUGCGCGCCAAUGGCAUCCACGGGCCCUUCAUGAUUCUGGGCCCGCUGUCUGUGCUGCCCAACUGGGUCAGUGAGGUGGAGCGCUGGUGCCCCAGCCUGCCGGUGGUGCUCUACCACGGCAGCAGGCAGGAGCGCGCGGAGAUUCGCGCCAGGUCCAUGCCCACAGGCAAGGCCAAAACGGGCACCGCGGGCCCCACAUUCCCUGUGAUUGUGACCAGCUUUGAGAUUGUGAUGGCAGACAUCAAGGCCCUGUCGAAGUAUAACUACAAGUACAUCGUGGUGGACGAGGGCCACCGCCUCAAGAACUCCAACUGCCGCCUGCUGCGCGAGCUGCGCACCCUGGACGUGCAGAACAAGCUGCUGCUCACGGGCACCCCGCUGCAGAACAACCUGGCCGAGCUGUGGUCCCUGCUCAACUACCUGCUGCCAGACAUCUUCAGCAACCUGGCUGACUUUGAGUCCUGGUUUGACAUUGCCAGCAGCGUGGUGGGCGGCGGCGAGGAGGACGCGGAGCUGGUGGCAGCAGAGCAGCGGGCGGCGGUGGUGGACAAGCUGCACUCGCUGCUCAAGCCCUUCCUUCUGCGCCGCAUCAAGGCAGACGUCGAGAUUGCGCUGCCCCGCAAGCAGGAGCUGCUGCUGUACGCGCCUAUGACGGCACUGCAGAAGCAGCUCAACCAGCAGCUGCUGGAGCGCUCGCUGGCGGAUGAGAUGGCGCGCGUGGCGGACCAGGAGGGCGGCAGCACGGCGUCACUGGGCAAGCUGAACAACGUGCUCAUGCAGAUGCGCAAGAACUGCAACCACCCCGACCUGAUCACUGGCCCCUUCAGCGCCAGCACCAUGUACCCUUCCCCUGAGGUGCUGGUGGAGCAAUGUGGCAAACUGGCGCUGCUGCAGCGGCUGCUGGACCGCCUCAAGGCUGGGGGACACAAGGUCCUUAUCUUUUCACAGAUGACCAAGAUGCUGGAUCUGAUCGAGACGUACCUUGAGCAGCGCGGGGAGCGCGCCUGCCGCAUUGACGGCUCCAUCGCAUGGCAGGAGCGCCAGGCCAACAUCCGCGACUUCAACAGCGACCCCAAGACCUGGCUGUUUCUGCUUUCCACGCGCGCGGGUGGCCUGGGAAUCAACCUGACAUCAGCAGACACCGUCAUAAUCUACGACAGUGAUUGGAACCCUCACCAGGACCUGCAGGCGAUGGACCGCUGCCACCGCAUCGGCCAGCACAGGCCCGUGCUGGUGUUUCGCCUGGCCACCGCCCACAGCGUGGAGGGCAAGAUGCUGAAGCGUGCAGGGGAGAAGAUGGCGCUGGAGCGGCUGGUCAUCAAGAAGGGCGUCUUCAAGGAGGUGGUGGACCAGAGCGGCGUGUCUGGCAGCAUGAACGCGGCGGAGCUGCUGGAGCUGCUGAAGUCUGACUCUUCGGGCGAUGACGUGCCGCAGUCGGGCGUCGUGGACGAGCCCACCCUGGACCGCCUGCUGGACCGCACCCACCUGGCAGAGGGCAAGCCUCUGCCGUACUCGCCGACAGGCGUCGGCUACGAGGUCGUGCAGGCAUGCGAGUCUACAGGCCUGCUGUCAAAUGUUGAGUGA